CAGAAAAACCCAACCGCAAGUCUAAAAUCUGUCAGUCGUUCAGCUAACUCUUCUCGUAGGUUGGACUUCGACUUGGAGGCCAUGGGCUGCUGCGGAGACGAUGACGGCGACCUUCUUGAUCAACUUGUUCCGCCGGAGUCCGACACCCAUACGUAUUUCGAUCACAAUUCCUCUCCUUCGCCCUCCUCUUUCGCCGAGGAGGUGGUGAUCUCACCCAUGAACUCCAACUUCGCCGCCCUCGUCUCCAAGGACCUCCUCCGGGCGAUCCUCGAGCUCCUGCCGCCGCAAGAUCUCGCUCGGUCGGCGUGCGUUUGCCGGUUGUGGCGCGCCGUGGCAUCGGAGCGGGAGAUGCGGGAGAAGGCAUUCAGGUCGCCCUGGAAGGUGCGUCGGGUCCUCGGCGAUCCGUCGUCCGCUCUCUUCUGGGGCCAUUCCCGCCUCGACCGCUUCGCCAUCUCCCACCGCCUUCGUCGGGGCGAUACCGUUGCGGGACUCGCCCUCAGGUACUCUGUCCAGGUUAUGGGCAUCAAGCGGUUAAACAAUAUGAUGAGUGACCAUGGUAUCCACUCAAGGGAGAGGCUACUGAUCCCUGUUGUCAAACCAGAGCUGCUUCUUAAUAGCACAUGCUACAUUGAAUUUGACGAACAGGCAAAAAGAGAAGUCGCAGUACUGUACCUGGAAGGUGGCCCAGAUGAGAAAACCAACAAUCUGACAAACAGGGCGGCAUUCACUGAAAGAGGUAAAAGAAAAAUACUCAACUCCUUACGACGCAGCAUGCAAGUAGAUGUGGAAACAGCCGAAUUCUACCUUUCUUUUUCAAAUGGUGAUCCAAGGGCUGCCAUGAUGCACUUCAGCGAGGAUCUUAGGUGGGAGCGCCAGAAGAGGGAACAUUACAUAUUCUCGUGAACAGGAAUCAGAGUCUAAGCCUGGUUGUUUUAUGAGUCUAGUUUGUCAGGGUGAUUGUUCCUAACUUGACAAUUGUUUCUAGGAGUCGGUCGCUCUAUUAUCAA